CUGGAGGGAAGUUGUGCGUCUGCGCUUGACUCAGCUCAGCUCGCCUGCCCCAAUCCAACCCCCUUGGCACGGGCCCGGGAAGCCGCGCCCACCCUCCCCUCUGCGCCCUGGACAGCUCCGCCCCGGCAAGUUGGCUCCGCGCCGGCUUCUCCUCCUCUCGCCCUCCUGUCCUCUGCCUGGCAAAGCAGCCGAGGCACGCCAUGGCGAAGCGAGGGUGCUUUUUGCCCCCCGGGAGGCUGAGGCGCUGCCUGGGGGCGCUGCCAGGGCCUCCCUGCCCCUCCGAAAUGGCGUGGUGCUGGAGCAGCAGGGGUGCAGCCAGCGCGGCAGAGGCCGCCUCGGCCGCCCGGGCUGAGGAGCGGCUGAAGCGGCCGGAGGAGUUGCCGGGCCCGGGGCUCUUCAGAUCCCUCUACUGGCUCUUCGUGAGGGGCUACUUGCUGCACACGCACCGCCUGCAGGUGCUUUCCAGGAAGCUGUAUGGUCCCAUUUGGAAAUCCAAGUUCGGCCUUUACAAUAAUAUUAAUAUUGGCAGCCCUGAAGUCCUAGAGGAGCUGUUGCGUCAGGAGGGGAAGUACCCCAUACGGAGUGACAUGGCCCUCUGGAAGGAACACCGGGACAUUCGACAUCUCCCCUAUGGCCCCUUCACUGAGGACGGGGAGCGGUGGCAUCACCUGAGGCAGGUGUUGAACAAGAGGAUGCUUAAGCCUUCCGAGGCUGUGCUGUAUGCAGAUGUCAUCAAUGAGGUGGUGUCUGACCUGAUAGUGCGGCUGGAGGAUGACAGAAAAAAGAGCCCCUCUGGAAUAAUGAUUCAAGAUGUGGCUAAUGUACUUUACCGAUUCGCCCUGGAAGGCAUCUCAUACAUCCUCUUUGAGACCCGCAUUGGCUGUCUGGAGAAGCAGAUCCCUGCUGAGACCCAGAGGUUUAUUGAUGCUAUUGGAUACAUGCUGAAGAAUUCGAUCUUUGCCACCAUCCUGCCUAAGUGGACCCGGGAAGUACUGCCCUACUGGAACCGUUACCUUCAAGGCUGGGAUACCAUCUUUGCCUUUGGAAAAAACCUGAUUGAUCAGAAGAUGGUGGAGUUAGAAAAACGUGUGGACCGGGGCGAGGAAGUAUCAGGCUAUCUAAGCUACCUACUAUCCAGUGGGCGGCUUAGUCCUGAAGAGCUAUAUGGUAGCAUAGCUGAGCUACUGUUGGCCGGUGUAGACACGACAUCCAAUACCCUCUCAUGGGCCAUGUACCAUCUGGCCAGGGACCUAGAGAUUCAAGAAGCCUUGUACCAGGAGGUGAUCAGUGUGGUGCCCAAAGACCGCAUCCCCGAUGCUAAGGAUCUUGCCAGAAUGCCACUGCUUAAAGCAGUCAUCAAGGAGACGCUCAGGCUUUACCCUGUCGUCCCCACCAAUGCCCGAGUCAUUGCAGAAAAUGACGUGGUGGUUGGAGGGUACAAGUUUCCAAAGAAUACCCUCUUUGUGUUGGCCCACUAUGUGCUCUCCCAUGAUGAAAGCAGCUUCCCGGAGCCAGAGCGCUUCCUGCCACGUCGCUGGCUGCGGGAUCAGAGAGACUCGCUUCCUCACCCCUUCAGCUCCAUCCCCUUUGGCUAUGGGGUGCGUGCCUGUGUGGGGCGCCGUAUUGCUGAACUGGAGAUGCAUCUGGCUCUUGCCAGGCUUAUCCGGACAUUCGCAUUCAGGCCAGACCCACAGCUCACAGAGGUGAAGCCCCUUGCCCGCAUUGUGCUGGUGCCUGACAGGCCCAUUAACCUGGAGUUCCUUGACAGACGGACGAUGCAUUAAUGGACCUUGGGCUGCACACCAAACUCUUCUGGAUAGACUGAAAAGAUUCAGAGCACAUGGCCCAGGGUUUGAUUGUGCCCUAGCCAAUGGAUCACUCUGUACACAGGAUCACGAUGAGCUUCUGAAAACAUUUGUUGUUUCCCUAGUCUAUUGUUUCCCAUGAGUCCUUGCAUCAUGAGUCCUUGCAUCACUGAUGACCACAUUAGGGUCGUGCACGAAUUAAGGUUCGUGUUCUGGUUUGGCGCCAAACUGGUUCAGACAAGUUCCAAAACAGUUUGGUGCCAUGGGGAGGGGAGCGGGAACUUUUAAAAAGAGUUUCCUGGUGGGACGGCAUACAUUCCAAUAACCUGCACAUGGCGCCAGCACACACAAGGCAUCAGUACAUGUGCGGGCAUCAUUUGCAUGGUCAGCAUAGUGUUGCUGACCAUGCAAAUGGCACCCAUGCGCGUGCAGAUGCCAAGAGGAGAGAGGACCUGCUCUCCUCUUUUUUUUAGCUCCCACUCACUGCUCCCCUCCCUGCAGUUCCGAACCAGUGCACAAACUUUGGUCCGUGCACAUCCAUACACCACAUUCUAUUCCUGCUUCAUGCUUGUGUGGCUGCAGAGGGUACAGAUUAGCCAGUGACCCUCAGAAUGGCUCGGCCCUCUGCUCUAUCAUUUCCCCAUCAUUUGCUCCAUCAUUUUCCAGGAGUCCGAUUGGAAUAUUCCAGAAAGCAAUCUUAGCAACUCAGUGGUUAUUGCAACCUUUCCUUCUUUUGCUGUAUAUUUUCUGUUUUACUGAGGGAACUAGAGCUCCUGAUACCUCUGUGCACACAUGGUAGAGUUCAAACAGAAUCUUGCUUACAUCCAGCAUCUGAAAUGCAAGCGUUGCGAUGUGAAUUUCCCCUCAGUUUGUUAUGGCCCUAGUUGGAAUACUAUGCACCAAACACAGUAUCCCACACAACUGGACAAAACCCACCCCUGCUGCAUCCUUUGCACUGUAGUCUUAGGUGCCCCAAUCCAGGUAAAGUAGUGUGAUAUCCCUGUAAUGCAUGGUGGUGGGUAGAGAGAGGGAGAGAGAACCAUGCUGCUGUUUGCCUUCUCCUCGCUUAAAGAAAAACCUGGCUGGAUGUGUGCCCCACUUCCAGAAAGGAGAGUCAUAGAAUAUACAAAGAAUUAAUAGAAAUAAAACAAAGUAUUCGCAAAA